AUGAAUAUAUUACCGAAGAAGAAAUGGCAUGUCCGAACCAAGGAGAACAUGGCCAGAGUCCGCAGGGACGAGGCCGCGGCCGCCGAAGCCGAGCAGUCUAGACUGGAAAGAGUCAGAUUGGCUGAACAUGAGAGGAGAUUGGAACUACUGAAGGCUAAACAAUCAGAUCCAUUUAAAUCUGGGAGAGAUAAAGAGGAAGGAGAAGAUACAAAAGAGAUUCAACCAUCUUCUUCUGGACACAUAAAUUUCUUUGAAGAACUAGAACAACAAGAAAGAAGUAAUAUGGCUAGUGGAAAUAAGGAAUAUCAAGCCGAGAAAAAGGCCGAGCAACAUGCUUGGGAAAGCAAGAUGGGUAAACUAAUCAUAUCAAGUGUGUAAUUCUUGUUAUUUAUAGGGAUCAUGAAAAAGUUUGCGGAGGAUACGAUGGAGAUUUCUGGAGAAAAGAAUUGGUGGGAGAAGAUCGAGAGAAUAAAACCAGAAGUAAAAGAAAAGAACGUAACGGAAAAGAAGAUGAAUAAGAAAGAGAAAAAACAUAAGAAACGAAAACGGAGAAGAUCCUCAUCAGAAGAGGAAGAGGACUCAGCCGAAGCUAAGAAAAAACGGAUUGAAGCCCUCAGGGCAGAGAGAUUACAAAGAGAAGCCGAGGAGAAAAGAAGGGAGGCCAAACUCAUUAAACGAUAA